AAAAAAAGAAGCCCUCUGCUGCGCGUAAAAGGAGGCGUCUGUGUUGUUGGCGGCGGCGCCAGGUGUGUUGAGACACACGCACGCCGUGGGGAUGAGCUCCAUGCGGAUUCUCUGCGUGUCCUCAUUUAUCCAGUGAGCGCAGCUCAGUCCGCGCGCAGCUUUGGCGGAUUUUUUUUUUUUCGUUGACGCACGAUAUGACUGCAGCCGAGCGUGUUUACAUGUUCUGACAACUUGGCGUGGGGAGGAUUCUCCAGAGGAACAGACAUGGAGCGCGCACAGCGUCGACUGAUUGCUUUUUAAUCCGCAUUCGCGACAGCGCGACACUUUACGCACAGCGAGCGCAGCCUGGACAUCCGUGCGCAUCCCGGAGCGUCAAACCUGUGGGAUGACGGACUGGUUCGGCACGUUCCCGAGUGAAAAGCAGCCUCGUGAGUGUCUGGAAGAUGAAAUCCACAGCAGGUCGGGGGAGUAAUAAGUCCGGAGGGUUGACCAGGCCGCGCCAAAUCGCGCGUAUUUAACGGCAAAAAAAAAAAAAAAAAGAUUUGAGCGAUUCCGUCGUGACUGAAAGGGAGAGACCAUGUCCAGAACCCUGAAGAAGAAGAAACACUGGUCCAGUAAAGUGGUGGAGUGCGCGGUGUCCUGGGGGAACCUGGGGGACUUUGGCUCCGUGGUGGAGGUCCUAGGUGGGGCAGAGGUGGGACAGUUCCCCUACCUGGGCCAGAUGAAGCUGGACGUGCUGGUGUGUCACGUGGGGAAGCUGCCCUACUACGGGGACGUUCUACUGGAGGUGAACGGGACCCCCGUCAGUGGACUUACGAACCGGGACACUCUGGCUGUCAUCCGCCACUUCAGAGAACCGAUUCGCCUCAAGACCGUCAAACCAGGUAAAGUAUUGAACACAGACCUGCGCCACUACCUCAGUCUGCAGUUUCAGAAGGGCUCGCUCGACCACAAGUUCCAGCAGAUCAUAAGGGACAACCUGUACCUACGCACCAUCCCCUGCACUACACGGUUGCCUCGAGAGGGAGAGGUACCAGGAGUCGACUACAACUUCAUCAGUGUUGGAGACUUCAGAAUCCUAGAAGAAAGUGGACUUUUGCUGGAGAGUGGCACUUAUGAUGGUAACUGCUAUGGGACCCCGAAACCUCCGGCUGAACCGAACCUAGUGCAGCCUGACCUGGUGGAUCAGGUGCUGUUUGAUGAAGACUACAGCGGUGAAGUCCCCAGAAAACGCACCACCUCAGUCAGUAAGAUGGACAGGAAGGACAGCACAGUCCCUGAGGAGGAGGAUGAUGAUGAGAGGCCACCCCUGGUCAACGGAAUGCCUGAGCACAAAGAGGGGACGGAGUGGAGGAAAGCGGUGCCCAGCUACACCCAGUCCAACAGCAGCAUGGACUUCCGCACCUGGAGCUCUCUCCCUCGCGAUGACAGCCUGGAGCCCCUCCCACUCAACUGGGAGAUGGCGUACACCGAGACCGGCAUGGUCUACUUCAUCGAUCACAACACCAAGACCACCACGUGGUUGGACCCCCGGCUGGCGAAGAAAGCAAAGCCGCCUGAGAAGUGUGAGGAUGGAGAGUUACCCUACGGCUGGGAGGAAAUUGACGACCCGCAGUACGGCACGUACUACGUUGACCACAUCAACCAGAAAACCCAGUUUGAGAACCCAGUCCUGGAGGCAAAGAAGAAGCUGACUCAGGAGACUGCUGCAAUCCAGCAAGCUGCAGCAUCUUCUCAAGGUAAAGGAGGUGCAUCAGGAUACACGGCUGACCCCAGCCAGCUGAAGGGCGAGAUGUACCACACAGCACUGAAGAAGAGCUCACAGGGAUUUGGAUUCACCGUCAUUGGAGGUGAUCGUACAGAUGAAUUUCUGCAGGUGAAAAAUGUGCUGAGCGAUGGCCCUGCCGCCCACGACAACAAGAUGGCAUCUGGGGAUGUGAUUGUGGAGAUCAACGGGAUGUGUGUUCUGGGAAAAACCCAUCCAGAGGUGGUUCAGAUGUUCCAAAACAUUCCCAUCAACCAGUAUGUGGACAUGGUUCUUUGUCGUGGCUACCCACUUCCUCCAGACGUGGAUCUCAACAGCGAUGACCCUCUGCCACCUCCACCGCCUCCGCCAGCCGCCCCACCCCAGCAGGCUUUGCACGGGGGAGAAGUUGUGACUGCUGUACCCCUCAUCAACGGACAACCCCUGCUGGUGAAAGGCGACGUUCUUCAUGGCUCUUCACAAGAGCUCCACUACGUCACUACAGAUGCCAGCGGUCGGCCUGUUGUAGCAGCUUUGCCCAACGGGAGGCAAGGGGAGCGGGUCGAGGUGGCCACAGGGAUGCUGCAGCCGGAGCUGGUGAGCGUGCCACUGGUUAAGGGUCCUGGAGGAUUCGGGUUCGCCAUUGCAGACUGUCCACUGGGCCAGAAGGUUAAGAUGAUCUUGGAUGCCCAGUGGUGCCGUGGGCUGCUUAAAGGAGAUGUAAUUAAAGAGAUAAACAGGCAAAAUGUCCAAACACUGAGCCACACCCAAGUGGUGGACAUCCUCAAAGACCUUCCUGUGGGCAGCGAGGUCACUGUGCUCGUCUUGAGAGGUGGUCAAACGUCCCCUGUGAAGUCUCUAAAGCCUAGACAGGAAAUGACAGCCAGUACGGAGACGUUGGACGGAAUGACGGACUCAGCUCCCCAGGCCUUGACUUACCAAUCUAACACGAGCACGAUGCGUUCUGCCGACUCCCCGAAACGAGAUGCUACAGAGCUGUACCUAAAGUCCAAAGCCUUGCUGGACAGCAGACAGCCGCACACCAAAGACAUAGAUGUUUUUCUAAAGAGAGACAUUGAAACGGGGUUUGGAUUCCGUGUGCUGGGAGGAGAAGGUCCACAACAACCAAAUAUAUUUCCACAGGUCUACAUUGGGGCCAUCGUGCCCAACGGAGCUGCAGAGAAGGACGGUCGCUUGAGAGCCGGAGACGAGCUCAUUGGCAUUGAUGGUGUGAUGGUCAAAGGACGCUCGCACAAGCAGGUUCUGGAUCUGAUGACCAAUGCUGCCCGUAAUGGUCAAGUUAUGUUGACUGUGCGGAGGAAGGUCAUCUACAGAGAGGCAACAGACGAAGAGGCCCUGGAAAUGACUCCAGUGCUGGUGAACGGAUCUCCCAAACUACCUCGCCUUCCAAUGCCCAGUGCUCUGGACCAUGAGUCUUUUGACAUCACACUCCACCGCAAAGACAAUGAAGGCUUUGGCUUCGUCAUCCUCACCUCCAAGUGUAAACCGCCACAUGGAGUUAUCCCGCACAAGAUCGGCCGUAUCAUUGAAGGCAGCCCCACCGACCGCUGCGGCUUGCUGCACGUUGGAGAUCGUAUCUCAGCCGUCAACGGGCACUCCAUCAUUGAGCUGUCUCACAGCGACAUCGUCCAGCUCAUCAAGGAAGCAGGCAGUGUCGUCACCCUCACUGUGAUCCCCGAGGACGAAUACAAAGGUCCUGCAUCUGGAGCCAGUUCAGCCAAACAGAGUCCAGCCCUUCAGCACAGAGCCAUGGGUCAAAGUUACAACUUCGACCUGGAUGAGAAAAAGGAGGGAGCCAACUGGUCUGACCACAAAACUCUUGCCCCCAGUGAGCAGGGAACGCUGUGUGUAACAGGACCCAACCAGGGCUGUCUGACAGUGGAACUGGACAGGAGUCCCAGAGGCUUUGGCUUUAGUCUCCGAGGUGGAACAGAGUACAACAUGGGCCUGUACAUCCUGAGACUGGCUGAGGACGGACCUGCUCAGCUGGAUGGAAGAAUCCAUGUUGGGGACGAGAUCGUGGAGAUUAAUGGGGAACCAGCUCGUGGCAUCUCGCACACGAGAGCCAUUGAACUGAUCCAGUCUGGAGGGAACAAAGUGGUGCUGUUGCUGAGACCUGGGGCCGGCUUGGCUCAGGAUGGCAGUCGACGUGAUCAAAAAGUCAUUUCACCUGCAAGCUAUUCCGGAGAGGUGUUUCUGUCAGACACAUCACCCCUGUGUUCUCCAUAUCCCACCGGGGCUUCCACCAUUGUUUCCCCUCCAUUCUCCAGCAAACUGAAGCAUUCGUCCAGCUGGACCACCACGUCCCCAGCAGGCGUGCAGCCCCGCGGCAGCAGGGGUCUGAGCUCAGUGGCAGAGAGCAGUGAGUGGGCAGACAAGGCGUUACAGCGGCUCUCUGCAGCCAACCCCGAGCCGCAAGCUGCUUUCUACAAGAGGACCAGGCCUGCAAAAGACUCCAGAGAGCGAGGCAGCCAAAAGAAAACAGGGGAGAUGCUUUCCAAAGCCAAAGAGCAACGCCGCAUCCUCAACAAGACUGAGCACCAGACACAGGAAGCGGCAGCGGGCAAGAACACCACGUUUCACACGAAAACACAAUCUGCAAGGACGUCUCCUCAAGCUGGGCCGCAAGCUGCUUCGACUCAGCGGCACAUGGAGCAUCAACACGGUCCCGAGAGGAGAUUAAAAGACUUUUCCAGCAAAGACAGCUUAGAUCAUGAAAAGAAAAACUGUAUAACGGGUAAUCCUCACAUCAGAAGAGGCACACAAGAGAUGGAAGGAAGAGGGGAACGGACCAGGCCUGGCCGCCAGGAAGAAAGUUUUAAGAGGAGGGCGAUGGAUCGGACACCUGUCAGAGAGAAAGGUACAGGUAAAGACUCGGUGCAGGAAGCUCCUGAUGGGAAGAACAGAGUGACAGAAAUCAGGAAAAAGCCUGACAGCAAACGGGGAAUGUCGUCUAUUAAAGGUAUUUGGAGCGGGAAAGGCUCUGUAGUUUCUUUACAAGAGGCAAAAGGACAAAAAGAUUCAUUUUCCUACUCCAAAGAAGAUGUUGUGGCCUCUACGAACAGUAUUCCAGGGACCCCGCAGAGCCCAAAGGGACCCAUUAGCCCUGGUCCAUGGAAAGUGCCCAGCUCAGCAAAAAUCCUCACGCAGGAAGAAGUCCUCCGAGCACCUUUCUGAAUGAAUCUCGAACUGCGUCUCAUUUUUCUGCGUUCUUCCAUUUAAAAACUGCAACACAUCCCGGUUUGUUUUGUUUUGGUAGUCUUUUGUUAUGGUGUGCGGCAUGUAGCAGCUCCCCUCCCCCAGCCCCAUCCCUGCCCCGCCCGCUGCUUCAGCACCUCUCACACGGGAUAUCUGAGCGCUCGCACGGCACGCUCAGGGCCUCGACGGACAGACGUUUCUUUAAAUGUGAAUAUGUGCCAACCCUCGGAUUCUCCAGCGGAAAGAACGACUGCCAUUAGCGCAUCACCCGCUGUAAUGCAAUGACCCAUAUGCAAGGAAAGGAGAUAGGCCCCGCCCCCACCGCACACCAGUAGGUAUACAUAUCCAGGGUUCCCUUUUUCUUUUCUUUUUUUAGUUCUGUUUUUUAUUCCUUACAGGUUUGCUCAGCUGCAUGCGAGUCCCUUCUUUUACUUUUACUGCACGUGUUCUGCACAUCAGACGAUGAGUCUACUUUAAAAUUCUGAAAACCGAGCAGAUUUCCAACACGCUUUCACUUUACUGUUACUCUAGAGUGUUCCGUGGUUACAGACACCUUAGAAAUGUGAUCAUUUAAAGCGACCAGAAACUUGUGGUUCCAGAUCUUGUUUACCGUGUGUAUGAUAGCCAACCAGUGCGUAACUUAUUGAAAUAAUAUAUGUAUAUGUAGCUGUAUCAAGCCAUUCCACAGUUUUCUAUAGACUACAGCCGUUCGUCUCUUGUUAUGAGCUGUCACCGCCUUCCCAGCGUGCUUCAGUGGUAGCAGUUGCCAUUGAUCUUUGUAGUUCAUAAAUUUUACGCGUAAACUGCUGUACCAAAUGUUUGCAGUCGCUCAAAACGUGUCUCAUUGUGAAAUAUUCUAUAUAUUUGAAUGUCAUCUUUUGCAGAUUCUAACUUUAAAGUAUCUAUAUGAAUUCCACUGCACUGCAUCUGCCCUUGUAGCGUUACAGAAUGGCCAUGAGUUGUACUUAAUUUGCCAUUUAUUCAUAUUUUUUUAUUUGUUUAUGAAGCUGUGUUCUUUUACCGUCCAGAAUGGCUGCGGGUAUAUAUUACUGUGUCAUGUCCUGCUGACGUUUUAUCUUGUUGGAGACAACAAUCGUGCUCUUUUUAAGUGAUUGUCAGUCCUGAUGUGUGAUUGCUGUGCGCCUGCAGCGUAUUUGAGGUGAUGGUUCACUGAGAUAUUGAACGUGCUGUUGAUGGAAAGCAGUUGUGCAGAGAACCCACAUUUACAUAUUUAAUAUUCAUACAACAAAAAAUGGUUCCCAGUGUGGGUUUAGUGGACAUUGCAUCCAGCAUAUUGAGAAGUUCACAGUAAAAUAAAGGAAAAUGUUUGAUACAGGGCCAAAAAAAAAACAACAAAACAAAACUGGGAUCACUCUGCACACCUGCUGACGGCAUGUAAGAGUUAAUCAAAUACAGAUGAACUAUCGAACGCAAAUCACCUCUGAGGGGUCGUGGAAGAGCACUGAGACAUUUUAAAGCAUGGCUUUCAUUUUUACUUUUUUGUGCAGC